AUGAAAUACAACGUAUUAUACGUCCUUGGACUGUUAAUAAUAGCUACGUAGCUAACGUUAGUUUGAAGCCUGGGUACUUUCGUUACAAGAACUUCUAGUUAACGUUAGCAGACGUUGGCUAGCUAGCUAUCAUGUUUUCGCCAACAACGCUAAGGCUGUAUAGCAUAUUCGUAGACAGUAUUAUAGUGUAAGGACUGACAUUGGAUGUUUAUAGGAAAAGUUACUUUGAAAAACAUGUUUGACCGCCCAAAGAUCGACGGCCUCCCAUGACAAGUGCCACACUAACGUUAUUCAUCCAGUUCAACCUACAAUCAAUGCAAACUUUUGUAACCUUUCUAAACAUCUCUGCUGUAAUCGCUACUUUUGUUUAGUUGGCUAACAACAAACACUGGGAAGCUGUAGCCUAAGUGGGCAACCGUAUAGCUAGCUAGUUAUUGAGUUGGUUAUUUCUAGGCAACGGUAACUUGGCUACAUAUCCGCAGCUCAAGUAUUUAAGUUGGCUAGCACAUGUCUCAGUAGUUGAGGACUUGGUGUCAGGAUGUCUGACGAUCUGAUGAAGAAGAUGCUCCGGGCUGUCCUCCAGGCCAAUAAGAACGGGGUGUCCAUCACGCGGCUGCAGGGGGAAUACAGGUCGCUGACGGGGGAGUUCAUCCCUGACCGAAAACUGGGUUACCCUUCACUGGAGUGCUUCCUCCGCAGUAUCCCCUCCGUGGUCAGGAUGGAGAAUCGCAUGGGGGAGAUAAUGUGCUUCGCUGCAGUCUGUCAAGAAACGGCCCACAUCGCUCAGCUGGUCGCCCGUCAGAAGUCCAGCAAGCGGGCACCUGGCAGAUCCCAGAUACUGAACUGUCGGAUGAGGUCGAAAUUGGCUUCAAAUUUUGUGUUCUAUGAGAAGCCUCGGACGUCCCUGCGUCAGCCCGACCGUGCCCCAGUACGCUCUGGCUGGAGCCAGCCGUACUCCUCCAUGGGACCCUCACGGCCGCGGAGCUACAACAUCUGUGGAGGCUUCAGUGCUGGGGGAGACAUCAGGAAGAUGUACAGCCAGCAUGACGAGCGGGCCAACCCCCCUGCUCUGGCACCGCAGAGUCAGAACAGGGAGCCCAUCACUCAGGUGAAACCGAGUGAGAGACUGGUGAAACAAGUCAACCAUCACAUUUCGAAUACCACCCAAAAAGCUCCUGCUCUCUCCAGUUUCCCAGCUCUCUCCAUUACCAUCAGUAACAUCCCUCGUCCGACGCCCAAAGCCCUUCAGCCGGGAGACUACAACCCCCAGGUUGUGCAGAAUCGGAUCUCUGAGGUGCUGAAGAAGUACUGCAGUGGUCUGUGGCUCUCCAAGCUGCCCUCUGUGUACCGGGACAUGCACCAACAGGACCUACCUGGCCAAGCAGUCAUAGACAUGGAGAACUGGACACACAUCUGCUUACUUGAGAAGCCUGUUAGUACCAAUCGAGCAGAUAGGCUGGUGUACCCCCCUCAGUCCAAACCCCCCAGCCUUGCUCUCUCACCAGUCAAACCCGCAACGGCUCCUUAUACAGUAAAACCAGCCACGUCCCUCCUAGCCAAACCCAUCACUACCGCUCCAGUCAAACCAGUCACUGCCAACCCAGUGAAACUGGCCCCUCUAUUUUUCUCACCGAGGAACCCCUCCUUGAACCAGAGUCAGACCUUGCCCACUCCACCGGCCCCCUCGUGGAAGCACUCCCUGACCCAUACCUCCACCUCUCCAACUGCCCCCUCUACCUUGUGGAAUCCCUCUCCUUCCCACCUACUCCCUACGCCCACCUGUAAUUUGUGGAGACCCUCCCCUACUUCCACCUCGCCCUCAUGGAAGCCAACAACUACCCCCACCUCCCCUACUCCCCCCUCCCUCACCCCCACCUCCCCUACUCCUCCCUUCCUCACCUCCCCCACACAGAUGGCCUCCCCUACCCCCACCACCCCAAUCCCCCUCUCCCCUACAGCGGUGAGCAUCCCUGCGGAGGCGCGCCUCAGACUGAAGGAGCUGCUGUCUAAAUACAGCCACGGCCUGUGGGCCCACGCCCUCCCCAAGCUCUACCAGGAGACCUUCAAGGUCCCCUUCCCAGAGGACAUCCUGUCCAACCUGUCUCUCUUACUAGACAUCUGCACCGUGGAGUACCCCAUCGCCGACAACAAGAUGAAGGCCAUUCUCUACGGCCCCACCACCGAGUACAAGGCCAAGGUGAGCAGCACCCCGUCUUCUCCGUCGGGUUAUAAGCUCAACAGCACCCCCAUGGUUCCUCCUCUGCUGCUCCCCAAGGAGGAGUUCCCCUCAGUGCUGGUGGUGGAGGCAAGAAGCACCGACCAGGUCAUCCUCAGGUACAUAGGCGAGGGCUACUCUCAGGCCCUGGAGACAAUGGAGGAAUCCAUGAGUACCGUCUACAGCCAGCUCAGCGCUCAGAGGCUCCUCCCUUUCCCCUCAGCUGGUGAACUGGCGGCCGUCAAAGUGGAGGGGGGCGAGGAGGUCGUCAGGGCCCAGGUCUGUGAGGUCAUGACCGACAAAGUCAAGGUGUACUACGUGGACCAUGGCUUCUCUGAGGUCCUCAGUAGAACCAAACUACUGGAGCUUCAGAAAGACUUCCUCAAGCUGCCCUUCCAGGCGACUACCUGUACACUAGCUGGUCUGGAGCAGUUCAGCUCGGAGCUCUCUGUGCUGCAGACCCUGGAGUCCCUGGCUGUAGGUAAGAUCCUCCUUGUGGAGCUGCUGCAGCACGACGCUGACCCGCCCCAGGUGGUGCUCUACGACACGUCGCACGAUGAUGAGGUCAACAUCAACGUUGUCUGCCUCAAGGCUCUGCAGGACAAGGCCAUGGAGAACCCUUUACAGGUCAACAGUACCUAUAUGAAUGUGUCUGUGACCAACGUUUGUUCUGACGGAACCAUCUUCUGCCAGCUGCCCUCCCGAGGUCGGGUCAAGCUCAAUGAGAUCCUGGAUAAGAUCGAGGCCUUCUUCAUAACCCAGGUGACGUCAGAGUCUCUGGUGUCCACUCCGUUCUGUGGGAAGUGCUGCCUGGCCCGGUACAAAGGAAGGUGGUCCAGAGUAGAGAUCACCAACCUCCAUGGUAGCAGAGUGCUAGAUAUCAAAUUUGUGGACCUGGGAGUCCCGGCCUCUGUAGAGGUCAUAGAGCUGAGAGAGAUCCCUCCUUCGUUCCUGCACGAGCUCAUGGUCAUCCCACCACAGGCGAUCAAGUGUUGUCUGGUAGAGCUGGAGGUGGGGGUCUGGACUCCUGAGGCUGUUCUCUGGCUUAGAGGUGCUGUACUCAACUCUAUGGACUGUAGCAUGAAGAUCUCGACGCUGGACGAGGACAAGCUGGUGCACAUCUACCUGUUUACCUCUAAGGGCUCCCAGGAUGUCACCAACAGUGUUAACCACCAGAUGGCCACCUCUGACCUAUGGAAGCAACCCGGACCCCAGAAGGACGGCCUCCCUACCCUCAGUUUCCUCGACACCGUGGUCGCCAACAUGGUGGAUCAGCUUACCCUCGACAGCCCCGCCUGCAGCCCUAUCCCUGUCUCCACCAACACCCCCAGCCCUCUGGAUGGUGCCGGGGACAUGUCAAACCCCACUUUGGUCACCUCCGCCUGGGGAGAGAAGCAACUGGUGCUGCCCCCUCUCUUGGAGCUUCCCCAGGCGGGCCAGAACAUGGACGUCUAUGUGUCUGUGGCCUGUCACCCGGGACACUUUGUGCUGCAGCCAUGGCAGGACCUGUACAAGCUGGUGGUGCUGAUGGGAGAGAUGGUCCUUUACUACAACCAGAGGGAGGAGACGCCGGGGCCCAGAGAUGUACAGAAAGGAGAGGUCUACGCCGCCAAGGUGGACCAUAAUUGGCACCGUGUGCUGGUGAAUAGGGUUCUGUCCAGCGGCCUGGUGUCUGUGUACGAGCUGGACUAUGGUAAACACGAGCUGGUUAGCUGCACCCUGCUUCAGCCCCUCAUUGAGUCAUUCAGACAGCUGCCCUUCCAGGGAAUCACCGCACAACUGGCUGGCGUGGAGCAGUGUGUGUGGUCGGAGGCGGCGUCCAUUGUGUUCCGGAACCACGUAGAGAAGAAGCCCCUGGUGGCCCAGGUGGAGUGUGUGGUGGAGGCUGAGCUUCCCUGGGACAGGAAGAUGAUAGUGUACCUGGUGGACACUUCUCGGGAGGAGACAGACAUCUGGGUCCACAACAUCAUGGCUGACUUUCCAGAGGAGCAGAGUACCGCUGCGUAGAACCGGGCUGGACAGACAGACCACAUAAGACUGUUGUUAAACUCUUGCCAGGGUAUAUCACAUAUGCUGAAAUGAUGCACACCACUGGCUGUAGCAUAUAACUGUUGGUAUCCUGUUCACUUAUUCCACAGGUCACAAAGAUCUGCUAGUGUCCCAGGUCAUUCGGGAGCCUAAAUUUAUGCAGGAGCUCAGUCUAUCAGCUUAGCACUGUGUGAAGCAUAGAACUGUGAUUUUUCUUAUCGUAUGGGGGGGUGAAUCUAUUUGCUGUGUGUGUGUAAAUAGAGAAAGGUAUUCAACAGUACCCACCCCAUUGAUCUCCUUAGCAGGGUAUGUCGUUCAAGUGUAAUGUAAAAAAAGUGUCCUUUAUUGUUCAGUUUCAAUCUACUGUCAAAUACUUUGCGUAGAAAGUUCUUUACUGAUUUAGUUAUUAUUCAUCGCCAACUUUUGGUUUUGCAGUUGAUCUCUUAAGUUGUUUGUCUUAACUUGUGAUUUUUUUUGCCUUUUACUUAAAUAUAUUUAAACUAAAAUAAUAAUUUAAGUCAAUUGUAUGUAAUUUGUUGUUCAAUACCUUGACUUUUGAAAUGCGUGAAAUGUAUUUGACUGACACUUAUUUUGCUUUUUGUGUGUGAUAUCCCACAGUACUAACUUUACUUUUGAAGGAAGUGGCUCAAAUGGAUGAAUGUAGACUUGGCUGAAUAAAUUUUCAUUAAAAAGCA